UUUGUAAUAUUUGCUUGUACUAUUCAGUUAAAUGAUGAAUUCCAAUCCAUUAAUCAAAGUUAUGUAGAAAAUAUUCCAGUUUUAUUGGAAACAAAAAUUUCGAAACAAAUAAUUGCAUACUGCAGGCUGACUGGCAAAUGCAUUGACAUUAUAGGUGACAUAGAUACUGAAGGGAACAGCAAUACAGAUGCAUUAGUACUAAAAUCUUUAAAAGUCCUUGUUUAUCUUUUGCCAACUAUGGGAAAAUAUCGUGUUUCAGCAGGUGCAGCAAUGCUUUUCCUAAUUGAAGAACUAAAGGACGGCGAGACACUCGAGAUGUUCCUUAAUCGCUCAAAUCCAAAACAGCAACCGUUCAUUUUGUCGUGUGGAUCGUCUUUUUUUGUUGUAUGCGAUGGAAAAGCAAUUAUAGUUAAACCUUCGAAAGUUUCUGUUGCCUUUGACUGUCUUUUCAAGCCGUUUUUUGUAUUUAAUCUUGAAUAUCCAAAGCAACUACAAAUUUUAUACAAUUUCUUUCAAGAAUUAUUUUAUAAACUGCCUGGUUCUGUUGCGUCCACUAAAGCACGUAAAUUAUUCGAAGAGAUAUCUCAUAUGUAG